UUCAGUUCCAAAAAUACACUCUGCAACAGAAAACAGACACCUUUCCAAAAUGAGAAAAAUCCCCAGCAACAACAACAUGUACAUCUGCCCUGCACAUCAUCAUUCCUGUGAUUUCACCCUUGCCUGGACCACCCUCCCACAGAAGCCUGUCAAGGCCGAGAGCUGGCCAUCGCCCUUCGUGCAAGACACGCCAAGGGGCAAACGAGUUUCUCUGGGUGGCAACGUAAUUGGUGAAGAAUUACGGUCAGUGCAACAGGAAGACCAAAGGCCAUGCAGAAGUGCAGAGGUAGUGAGCAUGCAGGAAUAUCUGCAAGGUUUUCCUCCUGGAAUGGAUAGAGCUUGGCCAAGCUCACCCUGCUGCCAUGGGCUUGCUGUGAUCAACAGCAAGACUGCAAAGUACAUGCCUGUUAAUUAGUGGUGAGAACAAAAUAUUUCUGAAAUAAGGUGUAUUUAUACGUGAUUCCACGUUGCUAAGCACAGCUUAAGGAAAAUAAAUAAAUCAACCAAUGAAAGCACAUUAAUUUAGUCUUACAUGGGCCACAAAGAUGAAAUGCUUUUUUUAACAGUGCACUAUCACAGUGAUCCUACAAACAUGGUACAACUGCUGGGGUGCAAGCUGAGCCUUACUGAUGGCCUGAACUUCCCAGAUCCUGUUUCCAGCUACUUUAUUAGCUUAUGAAGGCAAAACUCUGUUUCUCAAAGUUUUUCCACAGGUGAUGUGUGUUAUGUCUCUCCCCCUUCUAACCCCACCCUGCUUUUUGGAGUUAUUGAUUUCCUGGUGACCCCCCAAAAGCGUGCGGGCACAUCCCCUAGCCAGGUCACGAGCACGCUGGCAGCAGAGCAGCUCCUCGAGGAAGGAGGAGCAAGGACUGGCUGCAUUUUAUUGAUUAUAGGGAUAAACACCCUUUCCCUUUGGAGUAAAUAUCCCAGUACAGAUGACGUUUCCAGUGUGUGAUGCUUAUGCUAGCUGAAAAGUAUGCAGUAUUUGGUUUUUUGUCUCACAGUGGGCUGAAGGUCCAAUAACCCCCCCAAGGGGUUUGGACCACCAUGUCUCUGGUGGCACAGGGUUGUCCCCCCUCCUCCCACCCCCACCCCCCACCCCCUGCCCUGUGGUGAGCCUUCAAAGGACUAUGACAUACAUGGGUGCUGAGGUAACAAUUGGCCAGCGAGGAGUGAUUCUGAGUGCCCACUGCCUCUGGGACAGCAGGGAAAGUGCCAGCAGCAUCACCAUCACUGCCAGCUCAUGCAGCAGCAAGAUGUCGGAGGUAGAAAAUGCUUUCCGUAAAUUUGCAGUGUAUGGUGACACAUCUGCCAGUGGCAAUGAGAUGACGGGGAAAAACUUCUCCAAGAUGUGCAAAGAGUGUGGGGUGAUGGAUGGGAAAGCCGUGACCAGCACUGACGUUGACAUCGUAUUCAACAAAGUCAAGACCAAGGGUGCCCGCACCAUCACCUUUGCUGAGUUCCAGCAGGCCAUGAAGGAGCUCUGCGGCAAGCGCUUCAAGGGCAAAUCACCGGAGGAAGCGCUGCAGGCUAUGUAUGGCCUCAUCGAGGGGAAGGAGCCCGGCAGCGUGGGCGCCACAAAAGCCACCAAAGUUGGUGGGGUCGAGAGGCUGACGGACACUAGCAAAUACACCGGCAGCCACAAAGAGCGUUUUGAUGAGAGUGGCAAAGGGAAAGGUCUUGCUGGCCGCCAGGAUCUGACAGACAACAGGGGCUAUGUUGGAGCCUACAAGGGAGCUGGCACGUACGACCAAACGCACUAGGACUGAAACUGCUUAAGGAAACAAGGACUUUUCCCCUGUAACAUGGGAGGAGCAGCAAAUAAACAUCUCAUGCAAC